AAGAAAAGAAACAAGGAAGAGCAGUCUUCUAAAAACAAAACCGCCGGAUUUGUGAGAGAGGUCGAGGGGCUUCCUGGCCCUGUGUGGUCCCGCGCCGUCAGCGCGAGCCUAUGAGCUGUCUGGGGCCCUGGCUUCACACACACCCUGGGUUUAAAAAGCAGGGGCUGGAGGUUUGCUGGAGACACUCCUUCCCAGCGUCGAGGUGCACUGAAGUCUCUCCGUCUCUCCUCGUCUCGGGAUGUGUUGGGUUUAUAGCCGGGCCCCCGGGGGUCUGCUCCUCUUGGCCCUCCUCCUGCUGAACUCCGGCUGCGGCGCACAGCCUGUGGAUGAAUGGGAGAAGGAGCCGGUGUACUGGAACGAUCAGGCCAGGAGGACGCUUCAGACGGCCCUGACGCUGCCACUGCGAGCGCACCGCGCAAAAAACACCAUCCUCUUCCUCGGCGAUGGGAUGGGUGUGUCUACGGUCUCCGCCGCCCGUAUACUGCGAGGUCAGAUGGAAGGACGCUCGGGGGAGGAGACUGUUUUGGCCAUGGAUACGUUUCCAUACGUUGCCCUGUCAAAGACGUAUAGUGUUGACAAGCAAGUGGCGGACAGUGCCAGCACGGCAACUGCGUACCACUGCGGCGUGAAGGCCAACGCCAAGACGGUGGGCUUGAGUGCCAAAGCCGUGGCCUAUGAGUGCAACACAACAUUCGGCAAUGAGGUUUUCUCAGUGUUGCAUCGUGCCAAAUCACAAGGAAAGUCUGUGGGCAUUGUGACGACCACCAGAGUCCAGCACGCGUCCCCCGCGGCGGCCUACGCCCACUCCGUGAGCCGCAGCUGGUACAGCGAUGCCGACGUGCCCUCCGCCGCCCGCCGCGAGGGCUGCUCCGACAUCGCCACGCAGCUUGUGACCAACACCGACAUUGAUGUAAUUCUUGGCGGUGGCCGUAUGUACAUGACGCCCAAGGGUACGCCUGACCCCGAAUACCCCACUUCGUCCUCUCGCAAAGGGGAUCGCAAAGACAAAAGGAACCUCAUUGACAUUUGGCUAAAUGCUCGUAAGGGAAGGAAUGCCCAGUAUGUGUGGAACAGAGAGCAGCUUAAUGCGGUGGACGUUAAAACAACAGACUGCCUGAUGGGUCUGUUUGAACCCAAAGAUAUGAGAUUUGAAGUGUUUAGGAAUCGUACCCGUGACCCCUCUAUUGUGGACAUGACAGAGAAAGCCAUUCAGAUCCUCAGCAAGAAUCCGAAAGGGUUUUUUCUCUUUGUGGAAGGAGGUAGAAUAGACCAUGGACACCAUGACGGCGUUGCCAAGCUUGCUCUGACUGAAACCAUCAUGUUUGACCGGGCAAUUCAGAGAGCAUCUGAGCUGACCAGCGAAUCGGACACUCUCACUGUCGUCACUGCAGAUCACUCCCAUGUCUUCACCUUUGGUGGAAACACUCCCCGAGGGAACCCUAUUUUUGGCCUGGCACCCAAGAAGGCUGAGGAUAGUCUUCCCUACACUAGUAUCUUGUAUGCUAACGGACCAGGAUACGGUCAUGUGAAUGGAACAAGAGGAAACGUUUCAGCUGUGGAUUAUUUUGAUGAAGAGUACAUGCAACAAGCGGCGGUUCCUUUAGAAUCAGAGACACACGGAGGGGAAGAUGUGGCUAUCUACGCCAAAGGCCCGAUGGCUCACCUCUUUCAUGGAGUGAAGGAGCAGAACUACGUGGCCCACGCCAUGGCGUACGCAGCGUGCCUGGAGCCGUACACCAACUGUCCGCUACGUCUCCACGACUCCGGCGGCUGUAGAAACACACUCUCAGCGCUCCUCAGCGCACUGACCGCUGGGUUUUGGCUUGUCGCACGAUGACAGACUCCAUUACGUGAGCGAUUGAGGCCCUAGGACUCUUUUGGGCUGUUUGGAGAUUUAUAACCCAAAUUGUUUAUAUUGAAGUUUGGUUCUCUGCAGAUGUGUAAUGCUGUGUAUAUAAAUGUAAAGGUUUUUGUUUGUUGUUUACAUUUAUUUUAUAACCAGAUUUUUGUAUAUAUUGUACAAUGGAAAGCUCUUUUGCACUGUGAUUAUACAUUUCAAACAUGUGAGAUCAAUAAACUUUCUAAAAGAAA